AUGGGGCUCUUUUCUUUCCCUGAACUGAACACUCGUCUGGGUACUUGGCGUGCCUAUCACUUGGCGGGCAUUGUAUUCAUUUCCUCUUUUCUGUCCGGUUACGAUGCUGGUAUCGCCGGUGGUAUUCUCACGUUCAAGUCCUUUGAGACCGAUUACCGCUAUACCUCCGCACACGAGUCCAAGGUCUCUUCACUCACGGUAGGCUUGGAGCAGCUGGGCUCCUUUGUCGGCGCGGCUCUAGUCUACCCAAUAACCAACAAAUUUGGACGCAAGUGGACUAUCAUCGGUGCCACUGGACUUUUCUGCAUCGGCGUCAUUAUUCAGGUCAACAACACACAUUCGCUGGCGGCCUGGUAUGUGGGCCGCAUUGUCGCUGGACUGGGUAUGGGUGGACAAAGCGUGGUGAUUCCCAUGUACUCGGCGGAGAUGACUCCCAAAGAAAUCCGUGGUCGCUGCGGAUCUUUCUACCAGUGGAUGUAUGCGUGGGGUGUUUUCCUCGCCUACUGGGUUGACUAUGGCGUGGAGCAGAAUGCCUCAAUUGUCGGCACCUCACGCGAGUGGCAGAUCCCCGUUGGUUUGCAGCUGGUUUCUGGAGGCACCCUGUUUAUCCUGACUUUCACCCUACCGGAGUCUAUUCGUUGGCUCUCUAUGCAAAAUCGAAAUGAAGAGGCUUGGGCAUCAAUGGAGUGGAUCCGUGGUGGUGACAACCAGAAGACUCGGGAUGAGUUCGCUGAGACACAGCUGGGUCUGCAGGCAGAACGCUCUGAAAGGGAAGGCUUCUCUUUCCGCGAGCUUCUCGAGCCCGCUAACCGUCUGCGUUUCCUCGUUGGUCCCAUGCUCUUUGUAUUCCAAAAUGCCACAGGAAGCAGUGCCCUGGCGGUCUUUGCGCCGCAGUACUUUAAGUUGGUUGCUGGUGGUAAUUCUGACAUGCUGCUCACUGCCUUGUUUGGUGCCAUGAAGGUUAUUGCGUGCUCCUUUUUCAUUUUCUUCCUUUCAGAGCGUCUGACUCGUCGCUCUUCCUUGGUUGGCGGGUCCCUGUUCAUGGGAGUGUGCAUGUUGAUUACCUCAUUGGUUGUUGACAAGACACACACAACUAUCGAUGGAAAUGUUACCGCUGCCGGAAGGGCAACAGUGGCUAUGCUCUACCUUGAUAUCAUGGUCUACAAUUGCUCUUGGGGCCCCAUGCCAUGGGCUUAUGUGCCCGAGAUCUUCCCGACUCGUAUCCGUGCUAUCGGGCUAGCUGUCAGUAUGCUAGCACAUUGGGCAACGUCCUUCUGUUUCUCAUUUGCCAGCCCCUAUAUGAUUAAGAAUGUGGGCGCAAACACAUUCCUCAUCUUUAUGGGCUUUGAUUUUGUAGCUGCAGUGUUCUCCUGGUUCUUUGUGAAAGAGACCCGUGGAAAGAACCUCGAGCUGGCAGCUGGUACUGAAUGGGAGGCUGUUGAGCGCAGCUCUGAUGAUGAUGAGAAGGGUGGUGUGGUAGGUGCAAAUGGAAAGAAGUUGCAACUUGUCAGUGUGCACGAGAACUUCCACACCAAUCUGCACCAUUCUAAAUGA